UGCUCCCCAUUCAGUCGUGCAGUGGCUGCCAGCCUGUGGGCGGAGGGCGCUCUGCUAGUGCCCAGCCAGGGCGGGGCUGGCCUUGCCGGGGUGCCUGCUGGCCAGACCGUGCGCGAGCAGCAUGCAGCGGGCUCCCUUUCCCAGGCCCGUGAGCCCCACCAUCUCGGUGCUGCUGUUUCUGCUGCUGCCACUGGGUCCGGCCUGGCGUGUGGUCACCCAGCGCUGCCCACAGGCCUGCCUCUGUGACAACUCCCGGGGACGGGUCGCCUGCCAGCACCACAACCUCACGGAGGUGCCAGAUGCCAUCCCUGAGCUGACCCAGAGGCUGGACCUCCAGGGCAACAUGCUGAAGGCCAUUCCUCCAGCUGCCUUCCAGGACCUGCCUCACCUGACACACCUGGACCUGCGGCACUGCGGGCUGGAGCUGGUGGCCGAGGGCGCCUUCCGAGGCCUGGGCCGCCUGCUCCUCCUCAACCUGGCCUCCAACCGCCUGAGGGCCCUGCCCCAAGAGGCGCUGGGCGGGCUGGGCUCACUGCGGCGACUGGAGCUAGAGGGCAACUUGCUGGAGGAGCUGCGGCCAGGAGCCUUCGAGGCUCUGGGUGCGCUGGUCACGCUGAAUCUGGCCCACAAUGCCCUGGUCUACCUGCCUGCCAUGGUCUUCCAGGGGCUGGUGCGCACGCGCUGGCUGCAGCUGUCCCACAAUGCACUCAGCGUGCUGGCCCCCGAGGCCCUGGCCGGGCUGCCCGCCCUGCGCCGCCUCAGCCUCCACCACAAUGAGCUGCAGGCUCUGCCGGGAGCGGCCUUGUCCCAGGCACGGGGCUUGGCCCGCCUGGAGCUGGGCCACAACCCACUGACCUACGUGGGCGAGGAAGAUGAGCUGGUGCUGCCCACCCUGCGGGAGCUGAGGCUGGACCAUGGAGCACUGCAGGCCCUGGGCCCCAGGGCCUUCGCCCACUGCCCACGCCUGCACACCCUCGACCUCCGGGCCAACCAGCUGGACACCCUGCCUCCGCUGCAGGGCCCAGGGCGGCUGGGGAGCCUGCGGCUGCAGGGCAACCCCUUGUGGUGUGGCUGUCAAGCCCGCCCACUGCUCCAGUGGCUGGUGCGGGCCCGAGUGCGCUCGGACGGCACCUGCCAGGGCCCAAGGCGCCUGCGAGGUGAGGCCCUGGACACCCUGAGGCCCUCAGACCUGCGCUGCCCAGGAGAUGGGGUCGAGGAGGGGGAGGAAGAGGAGCUGGCUGCCGCCCGGCCCCGUGCCCCGCCCAGCACACCCCAGGACGAGGAGGGGGCGGCCUGGCCCUGCCCCCGCGCCUGUCUGUGCGCAGCGGCCACCCGCCACAGCAGUUGUGAGCGCCGGGGGCUGCAGGCUGUGCCCCGUGGCUUCCCCAAUGACACACAGCUCCUGGACCUGAGGCAGAACCACUUCGCCUCGCUGCCCCCGGCCGCCUUCCCGGGCCUGGGCCGCCUGGUGUCGCUGCACCUGCAGCACUGCAGCAUCCGGGAGCUGGAGGCCGGCGCCCUGGCCGGGCUGGGCAGCCUCAUCUACCUCUACCUCUCUGACAACCAGCUCUCGAGCCUCAGCACCGCUGCCCUGGAAGGGGCCCCCCGGCUUGGCUACCUGUACCUAGAGCGCAACCUCUUCGCACGGGUGCCAGGGGCCGCCCUGCACGCACUGCCCAGCCUCUUCUCCCUGCACCUGCAGGACAACUCUGUGGGGCGCUUGGCUCCUGGGGACCUGGCGGGGGGGCGGGCCCUGCGCUGGCUCUACCUGAGCGGGAACCGCAUCGUCCAUGUGUCGCCCGGGGCACUGGACCCCGUGCUGGAGCUGGAGAAGCUGCACCUUGACAGGAACCAGCUGCGGGAGGUGCCCACCAGGGCCUUGGAGGGGCUGCCUGCCCUCUCGGAGCUGCGGCUUGCAGGGAACCCGCUGAAGGCCCUGCGGGACGGGGCCUUCCGGCCGGUGGGCCACUCACUGCAGCAGCUCUUCCUGAACAGCAGUGACCUAGAGCAGAUCUCUGCCGGGGCCUUCUCGGGGCUGGGGCCCAGGCUGCACAGCCUACACCUGCAGAGGAACCAGCUGAAGACCCUGCCCGCCCUGUCCGGCCUGGGCCAGCUGCAGCUCAUUGACCUCGGCGGCAACCCCUUCCGCUGUGACUGCCAGCUGCUCCCGCUGCACAGGUGGCUCACUGGGCUGAACCUGGAGGCGGGGGCCACCUGUGCCACCCCACCCAGCGCCCGUGGCCAGAAGGUGAAGGCUGCAGCUGCUGCCUUUGGCGCCUGCCCAGGCUGGGCCACCAGGAAGGCCAAGCGGACACUGGCCCACAGGUGGGACGCCAGAAUCCCCGUGAAGGUGGGGAAGGAAAGAGGCCGCCUCUGAGCACCGGAACCCGCCCCCAGCCCCCAGGCUUACUGUCUUCAGGCUCCGAGAUCUUCU